GCACGGCAUGCAAACUUGAACUCGCAAGAGUUACAUACAGAGAAUCCUACGUCUUUCGUCAGUCCCGCCACGAAUAGCCACGACAAAGCCACCAUGCCAGCACAUACCCCAGGUCUCGUGCCCAUUACACCCCAAGUUCUUGAGGAACUCCGGGACAAGCUGCUUUCUGUCUUUGGCCUGCUUGGCCUCCCAGCUCGUCCUCGUCCUAAACGUCACCUUCAACGAAAUCUGUACCGGCCAAAAGAUGGCUAUCUCCAUUGGGGGCCCAUGCCCAGCAACGACUUUCAUCGCGCGACUGUUGAUAUUCCUGGUGAGGCGGCUUGGUCUGCUUGCCUCAGGCUUGUCGACGGGCCUGACUUGCUCGCGAUACCCUUUGCGCACGUGAGCGUCAGCAACACACCAGAGCAUGACAUCAAGGAGGCUGCUCGACAGAUUGCCCUUCUGUGGCCAACCGCCUCGGACGACGCCCCUCGCCGUCAUGUCAAGCUUUAUCGACAUAGCAAAGACGCCUGGAAUGGGCGCGAUCUCGACGACAAGGCUGCAAUGGAGCCAAUGGUCCGCUGGUUGUCUUCCAAAGGCCUGCUACCCGGCGAAGGGCUCUCCGUCGCAUUCAUCACGCCCGGGGAUGGGGGGACUCUAGAGAUUCUCAGAGCAGACAAUCAAAUGAUCUAUCCUCAUAUAAAGCCGGAGGAAUUAGACACCCCAAGCUGGCGCGAUGAAGGCGACCCUGCUCCAGCAGGCUCUGCCCGGCCUCGAUGCGGCCAAAUAUGGUCCAUUUGUCGGGCAGAUGCCAACGUCGUUUCCUUUCCCGUCAUCGCAGCGACCAUGCUGCUGAUGCUCAACCCCGCCAAAGGCAUGCUGGACGUUGACAUCGCUACCGAAUACCCUGAUUGCGACAUCUCUUGGUGUCUUGAUGCGUUGCAUACCUAUGCUCGCAUGGAAGGGCCGCCCGCAGUCAAGCCAUAUCUCAACGCGGACGAUUGGAACAACUGGGCACUCGAGACAUACGGCGAUCACUGGAUCUACAUGCAUCUCACUGUGCACCACUUUGAAAGCGGGACGGUCGAGGAUCGCGGCCAUUAUCCACAGCCAAGUGUCUCUGGGAUGAAGAUCGAUCGGCGCUCCCUGGGGGACGAGUUUGCAGGUAUAUACGUCGAGAGUCGCCGGACAUCGAUCGCGCGGGUGGCCACGGCCAGAGAUGGUCAAGGCAAUGCUUCGGCGGCGGCGACAAUGCCCGACGGCAACUUUGUCGGCUUCGUCCUCACCGACGAAGCCCACAGCCCGCUGGUCGUCAACGUGAAUGAUUGGGACAGCCGUGGUCUUGUGUGCCCGGCUGGGGCGGAGGGAGUCGCUUUUUUCCAACAGCUUCUGUGGAACACUUUCGGAGACUGGUUUGAUAUGUGGCAAGCCACCAUAGCGAACAGGAGAAGGUUAUUGGAUAUUGACAUCAAGACCCUCGACCAGAAUCUCGUCGCAGCAAAAGGCAAAACCUUCUUCGCCACAAUCCAGCUAUUCCACCAGUUCCAGAAACACAUCACCGCGGGCCCGCGCGACCUCCAGACCAUGUACCGCAAGUGGAAGAGGACGUACUUCGGUAGUGGUCAGUAGUCUGACGCGAGCACGCUCCGCUUCAGCUGCAAGACGCAGGACUAUGUCAACAGGAACUGGGACGCACUGCUGGCGCACGUCCACGGGCUUGAGGCUAGCUUGUUGAGACUGAGCAAGGACAUCAUCGAGGAGAUCAGGGGAGUGUGGCAGGACGUCAUGAGGAUUGAGAAAUACAUGCCAAUCAUGGAGAAUG